GUAUCCAUUUUUAGCUUUCAUGUUUAUCUUAUUCUUUUUUUCAUACCAUGGGUUCCUUCUUCAUACAGUUUGGUUAAGCCAAUUGUAUAGUAUGAAGAAAAAACGGACAUCUCUCUAUUAGAUUCUCUAGAUAAGCUAACAAUAUGGCCAUAGUAGAGGAUGAAGUAAGAAAUGGUUCUGAAGAAGAGAAUGAAAUCGAGGUCGUUGUAGAGGAAGACGAUCUGGACCAGGAUUCCGAGGACUCGGACGAUGAUGACGAUGAUGAGGCAGUGGAGAAAAAAGUUGCAGAUUUAGAACAAAAAAUUGCAGAGGAUCCCUAUAAUUAUAAUGAUCAUAUUGACUUGAUUCAAGCUCUCUGGACAUUAUCGGAACUUGACCGUUGGAGAGCAGCUUACGAUCGUCUUCAGCGGCUGUCAUUGUUACGUGCUGAGCACUGGCUUUUAAGGAUUCAGACUGAAGAAACUUUGGCACAUUCACCGCAGUCCAGAGAACACAUCGCCAAGUUGUUCCAACAAGCUACUCUUGAUUGCUAUUCCAUUCCAUUACUAAGCGAGUGGUGUUCAUGGUCUUUGAGUGCGGGGGAGGCGGUGUCAGCUCGUGAUCAACUGGAAGAGGUGCUGCGUAGGGCUGGGGCCGAUCCCCUCUCUGGGAAGAUCUUCUGGGAUGCCAAGCAUGAGCUGGAGAAAGCCAAACUGGAGACCAUGAACGAAGACGAUCCGGAGUACAAGGAGCAGCAACAGCGUAUUCUAUGGUGUUUGGAAGAGGCUGUGUCACGACCUCUACUGAGGGGUGAAGAGGCCUGGCCGUUGCUGCAAGAAUAUGUGCUGCAAGUCCACGAUCAGGAAUACUUGGAUCAGGUUAAAAAGCAACAUGAAGCGGCCAUUGAAUAUUUACAGAAAAUUACACCGUAUGAAGAUAAGCUACUGACGAUUGAGGAUAUUGAUGAAAAAUGCAAAAUUUAUCAAGACUACAUCGAUACGGUCAUAGAUUUGUCCAAAGAGAAGAGAUACGUCGACUGCGACAGCAAUGGGAUACUGAAGGUGCUGUAUGACCGAGCGACAACCGAAUGCAUCUCCUGCGAAGCCUCUCACGAUCUGCUACUGGCAUUGGCCAAACAUGUUCAGGCUAUUUCGUCUCGAGCCACCAUACAUCGUAUCCAUGACCUGUGUACUAGACGUUGUCCCAGGAGGCACACCUUCUGGGUGCUGAAGAUGCAGCAGGCUGAACACGAGGAGAAGAGCUUUGAGGAGGUGAAGUCACUAUUCGAGACAGCGCUGUCUAAAGGCAUGGAAACUUAUAAAGAAGCCGAGAAGCUCUGGAUGAGUUAUCUAGAGUACAUCCGUCGAGCUACGUCCUUCGAUAAUAAGGAGCACGUGGAUAGACUGCGGCGAACAUUCAGACUGGCCUGGGACUCACUCGCUGAGGCGUGGGGAGAUGAAGCCAACGACUGUGAAGUUCCACUGUUUUGGGCUCGACUUGAAUAUAAACAAAUUAAGGAUCCCGUUCAGGGCAAGGAGAUAUUUGAAGAGAUAUUCAAAUACGGUGAAAAUAAGACCCUGUCGAAGUACUGGGAGGCUCUGAUUCAUCUGGAGGUGAACCGCGAUCCGCCAGUCAACAAGCGUCUGAGGGAUCUCCACCGUCGGGCCCUCCGCAGUGUGAGUGAUUACCCGCCAGCCGUGGCGCGGCUGUGGAGCGACUACGAGAGGGACUGUGGGGGACUCAGCACACUCGUGGAGUGCCAGGAGAUGUGUGAGCGAAAGUUGAAAGAAUGGCGCGAUAAUUACCAGGCCAUGAAGGAAAAGAUGCUAGGAUACAAGCAGAAAGGGAAACAGCAGACGAACAAGAAAAUAAAAAUUGAUAAAGCUAAGACGGUACAUCAGAAAUCUAACAAAGGAAAAAGAAAGUCCGAUAACACUUCAGAAGAAGUUAAGGUGAAGAGGAAGAAGGACGACAAUAUGGAUGUUGAUGAGUCAGAGAAGGACGGAGAUAGUGGUGUGAAGAGACCACAUGAUGAUAAUGAUCAUGUUAUAGAGACAAAGAGACCACGCAAAGACAGCUCAUCAGAAGAUGCGGUGGGAAGGGAGGCUUGCACAUUAUUUGUGAGCAAUUUGGACUUUAAAUUCAACGAAAACAAUUUGAGGAACAAACUAUCUGAAUUCGGCGAGAUUGUAUCGAUGAGAGUGAGGGCUGGCGUCAAAGCCUUCGGUGGAUCAAUCUGUUACUGUCAAUAUAAGACUACUGAGUCAGUUGAUGAAGCCCUGAAACACGAUAGAACAGCUCUGGACGGUAGACCGAUGUUCCUAUCACGAUAUUCAUCUAAAAAGACCAAGCCGACAUUUAAAUACGCUAUGACAACAGAGAAGAACAAACUGUUUGUGAGGAAUCUACCGUUCUCACACUGCACCAAAGAGGCCCUCGCUGAAAUAUUCGAUAAAUAUGGCAAGCUGAAUGACAUCAGGAUUGUUACUUUCAAAGACGGGAAGCCCAAAGGUCUGGCCUAUAUAGACUACGAGGACGAGGAGUCAGCCUCGGUGGCCCUGUCGAAGACCAACGGGCUUCUUGUUAAAGACAGGAAUAUAGAAGUGGCCGUAAGUGCCCCUCCUCCUAAGGGGGAAACCAAUGUACUUGGAAGCGUCAAACGUGAUGUUGGCGGAGGAAUGCGCCGUACUCAAUUGAGUAGCUUCAUACCGCGGGUGUUGCAGACGCCUUCCACCAGCAAGUCCAGUAACGCCAACACUAGCAACGGGGACUCCAAGAAACCCCUCAGCAACAGCGACUUUAGAUCACUGUUGCUCAACAAAUAGAAACCUUAUUACAUUUAGAUAAUAACCAAUUUAGUCCGAUAAACUGUUUCUCUGUUUAGUUUAAUAUUACUUAUUCAUUCUGGUAUAAUAGUAUGUUAUUUGUGCUUAUUCGUGAAGUGAUUUUCUAUGAUAGACCUUAUUUGUGAAGCGUUAAGGUAUAUUUUAGUGUUUAUUACGUGAACUAUUAUGUGCUCUGGAUUAAAAGUUAUCUGUUACAUGUGAAUUAGUUAUGAGUUUAUAAGAACUCGUGUGUCUAAUAAUUGUAAUGGACUUUAUUAAAUGUACUCUUAAGAUUGCUUGUUAGGUGACUAUACUGUCAUUAUUGGAUACCGCAAUAGACAUGUGCUCCGAUAGAAUGGGGAGUAAUAUUUUGAUCGAUAGAUGUAUUUAAAUCAUGCUUGCACAGCACUAUAGAUGAUUACACUAGUGUUGCCAUUAAUAUUAAUAUAUUAGGAUGAUUGAACGGACUUCUACGAUUGUAUUUCAGACUGCUUGGUAUAGGUAUAUGCAAAAGUUUUUUAGCCGUUUUAGAGUUUAUUCUGUUUAGGCUUAGGCUUUGAAAUUAAUUAAUAAAAUAUAUAAACUCUUUUUCAGUUUUGUUACGGUGUUAUUUGAGUAACGUGUCAGAUUUAAAACUAUUGAUAUUUUAUUCUGCGCUUUUUUUUUUAAUUUUUUUGUAGGUUGUGUGUAGUACAUGAUAUGAGUAUUGUAUAUAGACAUUUACCUCUUUCAUUGACUACAGAACGUGUAUUUUGUUCCGAUCCAAAAUUUUCGAUCUUGACAUAUAAUAAUAGCUAUGUUUAAGGAAACUGUUACUUAUGUUUGAUUGUUUUAUUUUAUAUUGUAUUCAAAAACAUUAAAAAUAUAAAAAAAAAAAUGUUUGUAAAAAGUUACUUUAUUGAGUAAAUAAACGACUUUCAACUUCAAA